AUGGCGCCGACAUCCCCAACGGGUUCAGAUAACCCGUCCCUCGAAAGAAUUGAGGAUGAGCUGCAGAACCUGGCGGCCUCUGUAGUCAGAAAAGCCAACAUGCAAACUCUCACAGCCACCAUCCAGGACACGCUGAAAGCAGAGAUGGCGGGGAUACGCUCAGAGGUCGCCGCACAAGCAGGCCGCAUUCACACAGUGGAGGAGGCAACUGCGGCCCUCACGACACGCCUCGCAUCUGCAGACACCGCUGUGGCACGCCAAGGUGGGAUCAUACUGUCCAUGAGGAGACACCUUGAGGACAUAGAUAAUAGGGGCAGGAGAUGCAAUAUCCGUGUCCGCGGAGUGCUGGAGACGGAGAAUGCAGAAAACAUGGAGGAGAUACUGACAGAGCUCUUCCAAUCUAUACUCCAGUCAUCUACCCCACAACCAAUCGAAUAUGAGAGGGCCCACAGAACACUGCAACCCCGAACCCUGGAUGACGGGCCAAGGGGCCUCAUAUGCUGCCUGCACUCUUUCCCGGUGAAGGAAGCCAUCAUGAAAAAGGCACGCAACCGGCCAACAUGACCCUACAGAGGAGCCCAGAUAUCCCUAUACAAUGACCUGUCCCCUAUAACGCUGGAGGCACGACGGGCACUCCGCCCAGUAACUACCACUUUAAAGGACCGCAAUAUCACUUAUUAGUGGGGGUUCCCUUUCGCUCUUAUGGCCAGGCACCACAACAGCUGGAUAUCCAUCCGAUGGCCCGAGGAGGUACCGGGAUUUGUGGAAUAACUGGGCCUCCCACCGUUGUCAGUGCCCAAUUGGUUCUGGGGCCACCGAAUCUGCCACCAAGACCACAGAGAGGGACUAGACACAGAGAAAAAAGAUCCCCACCAGUUCAAACUACCAGACGACGCAGAAAUCCGACCUCACCAGAAGAAUGAGUACCUGCACUUGCCCGCUACGUCAACUAACACCUUAACCGACCGAGAACUUCGACCCACCCUUAAGGCCCACCGAACUGAACAGUCCCACUAG